GGCAACGAAAACAAACAAAUAAAUAAACACACAAACAAGCUGUGCGUUCCUGUGUUUUGGACAGUUGACUUGACAGUGCUGAUUUAUAUUUGAAGCUGCCACCAUGUCUUACAGAGACCUAAGGAAUUUUGCAGAAAUGAUGAGAGCUCUAGGAUACACAAGGCUUAUAUCUACAGAGAAUUUUCGGAAUCCCAAUUUCCCACUUGUAGCUGAAAUUUUAAUAUGGCUUGUUAAAAGAUUCGAUCCAGAAGCAGAUGUACCAUUGGAGUAUAAUACUGAGACAGAAAGGGUUAAACUGAUACGAUUAGCUGCUCAGUUUAUGGCUUCAAAAGUCAAUAUAAAAUUAAACACCAAAAAUCUUUACCAAGCUGAUGGAUAUGCUGUACGGGAGCUCCUCAAAGCUACAUCAGUUUUGUACGGUGCUCUACGUUUCAAUAUGAAAAAUGUAGAUGACGAUGAUGAAAGUGAUCGAAGUACUGUAUGUGACAUCGUGGCAAAGGCAAAUGAAAUAAAAAAAGUUAGAUCACUAGCUUCACAGAUAACUGCUAAAGGAGCGGCUCUUUAUGACUUACUGGGAAAAGAAGUUGAGAUGAGAGAAGCGCGCAAUAGUUGCAUAGCAAAGCAGAUGGAAAUUGGGGAACUUGAAGAGGCUAUGAAGAAAGCUGUUGAAAUGUUAAAAUCAGACAUAAACAAUAUAAAACAGCUCAUAGAAAACGUUUCAACAGGCGAGGCAAGUCUUGACUCCAAAAUCGAAAAGAAACGGAUUGAACUGGACAGAAAUAGUAAACGAUUGCAAACUCUGAGGAAAGUGAGACCUGCUUUCAUGGAGGAGUUUGAACACUUAGAGGCAGUGCUGCGCGACCUCUAUACAGACUAUGUGGUACGGUUUCGCAGCUUAGCCUAUUUGGAACAGCAACAAGAAGACACUGAGCUUGCAGAACAGGAACGCAUGGAAGAGCAACAGGAAGCAACAAAAAGACUAAUAGAAAAAAUGAAACAAGAAGAAAAACUGCUAGAUGAGCCAUGUGAUUUAUUGGUUGGGGAAGUCAGAGAGGAACAGGACCUUAGUACAAAACCUCUUGGGAAAACAAGCAGAGUCAGAAUUCAAACAGCCUCAAGAGUAAUGCGCAAAGCAUCUGCACGUCGUGUCUUUGGUAGUAUGAAUGGCCCUGCCGAAGAUGACGAUGAUGAUGAUAGCCUAGAUUCAGAUUCAGAUCUCCUACUUGAUGGUGAUGGAUCAGAGCUUCUGGGAACUGAUGAGGAAGAGGAUGAAGUUCUUGGCCUCGGAGUUGACUCACAGGCAAAGCAAGCAGAUAUACACAAUCCUGUACUUGUCUGUGUCAAAAUGGUUUUCAUCCGUAAAUCGUGUUUCCUGGAUUGCAAGGAUUUUGAUAUGGAAUUUUUGCAGCACGUCUUAAUUUGGACGUCGUCUGGUUCUCAGCCUUAGGCGUAACACGAUGCUCCUGGUCCUCUGGAAUCCGAUGACCAGGUAAAGCAAGCCUUGCGACUGGUACCCGGGGUAGUGGAUUCAUUCCUUUUGUUAUCAUCAUGUUUGGUUUUCAACUUGGUGGUGGUCCUUCCGAGGAAAGAUCACGAGGAAUAUGACUUGGCUGUUGAGAUUAGAAGGUUGCUGCAGCCGCACCAAGAAUAUAUUAUUAUUAUUAUUAUUAUUAUUAUUAUUAUUAUUAUCACCAUACAAUAGUUAUUGUCUUCAGUCAACUUGUGAUCUAUCUUUUCUUUUUCACACAAACAUUAAAAAUAAUCUUCAAUAACAAAAUAUAGAAACAAUGUAGCCAUUUAAUAGCAGAAUUACUCAAUGUAUCUGAACUGACAAAGUCAUAUAGUGAAACCUUAGUGAUAUCAGAGGUUCCCCAAGGGAAUAUUAUA